UGGGUGGGUGUGAGCCCAGGCUUUUCCUGUCUCUAUUAAAAACCAGUCUCUCUUUCCCACGGGGAUCGUCCAUGGGUUAUAUCAGUCCAAACAGGCCGUGAGCAAGCAAACCUCGUUAUUUAGAUCAAACACGAGGGAACAACAAAAAGACGAGGGGAAGGAGUAUGCCCGCCAACCAAGCCAUGGACGCGGCACCACAUAUUCUAGACAUCCCUCUCCCUACUGACCGUCGAUCUCACCUCCAUCUCCUCUCAUCCCUCCGUUCCGUUGUCUUCCACACUUCGUUUCCUUCCGAAGCCACCAUUCGCAGCGCCAUCCACGCCCUCUCCCUCCAUUUAAACCGCUGCGACGAACACGACCCCAUCCAUCUCCACCAAACCCUCAAUCUCCUCACACACAUCUCCCUCCUUCACCCUAACCUCUCUCCCCUCGUAAUCGACACCGUCCAUUCCUAUCUCCGCCAUCGAUGGCCCACAGGCCGAUCCGACCGUCUCAUGCUGGACGCCCUCGCGGCGAUCAUAACAGUAUCAGGCCACGGCCGCAGCAGAAGCUCACUGUCCACGAUGGAAGGGAGCGUCAUCAUCUCGCUGCUGUCCAGUCCGAUCGCAGCCGUCCGUUUACGGGUUCUUAAUCUGAUGGCGCAGAUACUGAAUGUGGAUUCGGAUACGAAUUACGCGCGCGCGUUUUUGGGGUUUCUGAAGGAUCCAUAUCCGCUUGUGAGGAGAGCUGCUUUGGAUGGAUUGGUUGGUUUUGCCAAGUUGAACGGUGCUGGGAUGUGCAGUUUGAUGACGGAGGGAAUGUAUGAUCGUACAGUCAAGCUUCUACUGGACCUAGAUGAGAUCGUGAGACUGGGCGCGAUUCGAUUGGUCAGCGAGUGGGGGCAAAUUUUAGCUGAUGCAAAUUGUGAAGUGGAUAACAAAGAGCAAUUAGAUGAAAUAUUUCUUCAGCUUUGCUCAAUGGUAAGAGACAUGAGUAUGAAGGUUAGAGUUGAAGCUUUUCUUGCCCUUGGGAAAACCAGGCUGGUAUCUGAGGAUGUACUGUUGCAGUCCCUAUCGAAGAAAAUAUUAGGCAAUCAAAAAGAAAGAAAAAGUGCAGGUAAACCCAUUGGAAAAGAAUCUGCACUUUCCACAUCAAGUGCUGCUGGUGCUUUUGUACAUGGGCUCGAGGAUGAAUUCCAUGAGGUACGGAGAGCUGCCUCUGCUUCCUUGGGAUCACUUGUAAUAUUCUCUAUCCAGUUUGCCGAUGAUGCCUUAAACUUAUUGAUGGACAUAUUAAAUGAUGAUACCUCGGUUGUUCGGUUGCAAACUUUGAAAACAAUGUUCCAUAUGGCAUCAUACGAUCAUCUGAAAGUGCAAGAGAAACAUAUGCACAUGUUCCUCAAUGUGCUAGUGGACUCAGAUUCCCCAAUCAGACAUGCAGCAAGAGAACUACUUCGAGUUAUGAAGUUGCCUAAUCUUGAGAUGUUUAGAUCAUCAAUUAAUGGUCUUCUAACCAAUUUGGAAACAUAUCCAGAGGAUGAAGCCGGCAUCUUCUUUGUUUUAUUUUGUAUUGGUAAAAGUCAUUGGGACUUUGUUGUCAACUUUGUGAAGGAGUUUUCUCCAGAGAUGAUAGAGCCUUCUUCUAAAGGAGAGUUGGGGCUUGAUAGACCUCGGGUAGCAGCACUAUUGGUAUUAAUCAUAGCAGCACCUUUUUCUAAUGAACAGCUCGUCUAUGGUAUUCCAACACGGCUAUUUUCUUAUGCAGUCCCCUUCUUGGGAAGGAUCUCUUCCUCGCUGGAAGAUGUUAUAAACAGAGAUUCCCUCUUGGCUUAUUUGUUUAGUUGCAGUAAAUCCAAUGCAGCACCAAAUUCUGAAGAGGGUGAAAACUUCUUGCAUGGGGUUGAAAGAUGUUACCUAAAUCAUAAUAGUAAAAAGAAAACAAGCCAAAUAGAUGGCUCCUUGCAGCAAGUCAGUGAUGGUGCCUCUGAAGUCCAUUUUCAGGACAGUUUGUCUGACCUGAGGCAGGUCUCAGGCCCCCCUGAAGCAUUCCAACAGAAAGCAGCAAUCCUUUAUGAGGCCACACAUGUCGUAAAGCUUAUUCUGAAAACGGUGGCAGAUGCCUGGCCUCUGAUAAAAUUGGGUUUUACAGAAGAAGUACUAAGGAUAUUGAGGGGCUGCAAAGAAGAGCUGUCGAUGAUUACUGUGCAUUCACACAGAUCUGUCGGUGUAUUAGCCUUUGCCUCCCAGUAUGUUAAGGCAAUCAAAUUUCUAACGAAAGCAUGGGAGCAUUUACAGCCGAGAAAGUGCUGGGUUAUGGGAAAGGGGGUCUUAGAUCUGCUCCUGGACAAGUUAGACACCAGUCUUACCAGUAUGAGGUAUGCCUUUUCAGGGUGCAGUAAAGAAGAGGAAUUCCAUAUCUUAAAUCUGAUAUUGCUUAGUUGUGUACUAAGGUCAUCGAAGGUUGGAAUUUGCUGUGGCCUCACAUUGAAGAGAUUACAGGCUAUGGUUUCUCGUAUACAAGUUCUUUGUGAACCCUGGCCCACUGAACUUCCUGAUUUCGUUAAGGAGUUAAUAAAAUGUUGUGAGGUGAAAAUCAAUGAUGUCUCGUACCCACUUCCUGUUCAUAAGUUAGUUGAAAUCUUCUCCCUUGAGCAAAUUGUUUUCAGUGGAAGAUUCAAACACAUCAAAGCAGAACUUCACGUCCCCGGUAAUGAUUCUGAAAAUCCAAUUCCAUACAUCUCAGGAUUGCCUGUGGGCAUUACAUUUCAGAUCACGUUGUAUAACAUUUCAAGCAAGGACAGGCUGUGGCUACGAAUGGCUUUGGGAAAUUCGGUUCAGUAUAUUUUUCUGGAUUUUUGCCAAUUUGAAGGUGGCGAGGAAGUGAGGAAAUGCACAGUUGAGGUACCCUUCUACAAAACUCCAAAAGCAGCUUCGUUCACACUGCGGGCAUGUUGUGGUAUGGAAUGUCCAUUUGAAGAUGUCAUUCCUCUGAUGAAAGGUCAGGGUGGGCCAAAGUGCAGGCUUACGUUUCUUUCCAAGGAAAAGGAUAUUUAUCUGGUCAUUAUUGACAAAAACAGUUAAACUGCUCGAGCUUAGAGAUUGGUCUGGAGAUUAUCUUCUACAAUUUUGUUCAAGAGCUCAAAAUAUAUCAGAUAUACAGAUAAAGAAACAUGUUGUUGGAAGGGGACAGAAAGGAAAACAUGCAGAAUGGUUUCCAAAUGGUGAUAGAACAGCAGUAUUCCAAGUUGUUACUGCACUGCUGAAUGGAGUGAGAACUGUGCCUCAUGCUGUUUAUGCUGAUGAGAAUAAAAGUUUGCAGCAACAGACAUGGCUUUAAGGGGGACAGAAAGGAAAACAUGCAGAAUGGUUUUCGAAUGGUGAUAGAACAGCAGUAUUCCAAGUCGCAACUGCACUGCUGAAUGGAGGGAAAAAAUUAUUUUCUGAUAUUACUGCCUCUCAUGUUGUUUAUGCUGAAGAGAAUCAAAAUUUGCAGUAACAGAUGGCUUUCUGAAUCCCUAGCCCUGUUCAGCUCUCAUGUGAAUUGGGCCCAGUGCCAUCUUUCACGCUGACUAUGAAAAGAAUAUAUGCUGUAACAUUUAGGGAUUUGAUCACUGCUUACUUUCUGGAAUUGACUGCCAGCAUCUCAUUAUGGAAUCUUCAAUUUAUUGUGUGAUUCAGUGCAAAAUGAAGUUCCAUCAGGUUGUAGGGCCUCGGAAGCUGAAAGAGAGUUGUGUUGUUCCUUUCUGUCACUUAGUCACUAAGUUUGUGCAUUCAGAAGGAGCCUGCAUUGAUGAUGUUUGGAUGUGCACAUGGGAGUAGUCAAGCGCUAACAUUGUACCAGAGGAUGAAGGGCUAGAAGGUAACAAUCUCUUGUAUCUCUUUAUGUUGCUGUGGAUUAUUAGGCCAACUUUAACCAGUUGCUCAAUGGACAAAUCAUGGUUGAUUACCUGUCUACCGUAUGCAUGGUUGUACGGUUGGCAAAUCUGGACCAUCUGUCUGGUAGGUUGUACUAUGGAUGGCCCACUGUAGGAAAACCACGGUGGAGAAACAAUACUUGCUGUUGAUUCAUAGCAUUCAAAUGGAUAGUGAAAAUCAAGAGGUGGGGAUGGGUCCUGAUUGCCUGUUAAUCAAAUGCUAGUAUUACAUCAGGGUGUUUUUUAUACCAUGGGCCACCUAGGGCCCACCUGUUGGGUGGCUGCAUUCACUGCUGCCCGCUUGUAUUUUAACAAUGAACUGGAAAGCUCGGAUUAUUUAGUCAUA